AUGCUACGCCCACUGCCUGCCACGACCAAGUCGCUCCUGACGCGGCUUUCGGCGCGCGCCUUGAGCGCCAAGCCCUUCCUCGACGUCACCCGGUCGCCCGACGCCUACCGCCCGGCCAAAGCCCGCGUCCACGACUGGAACGAGAUCUACACCCACGACCGCGACCCGACCGAGCGCACGAACCAAGCGGCCCGCUGCAUGGACUGCGGCACGCCGUUCUGCCAGUCGCGGUCGCUCUCGGGCUGCCCGGUCGCCAACUUGAUUCCCGAGUGGAACGCCUUGGUUGUCCGCGACGAGUGGCGCGAAGCGUACUCGCGGCUGAGUGCGACCAACAACUUUCCCGAGUUUACAGGGCGCGUCUGCCCCGCGCCGUGCGAAGGCGCGUGCGUCCUCGGUGUCAUUGACAACCCCGUCACGAUCAAGAACGUCGAGCACGCGAUCGUCGAGCGCGCGUGGGACGAAGGCUGGAUCGUCCCGCGCGUGCCGGCGCAGCGCACGGGGCUCAAGGUCGGCAUCGUGGGCUCGGGACCCGCGGGCCUCGCCGCCGCCGACCAGCUCAACCAGCUCGGCCACUCGGUCGUCGUCUUUGAGAAGGCCGACCGCAUCGGCGGACUCCUCAUGUACGGCAUCCCCAACAUGAAGCUCGACAAGUCGGACGUCGACCGCCGCGUCGACAUGCUCGCGAAGGAAGGCAUUGAGUUUCGCACGAGCGUCCACGUCGGCGACAACAUUCAGAGUCUCAUGGACGAUAUGGACGCGGUCGUUCUCGCGACGGGCUCGACGGUACCCCGCUUCCUCACGGUCGAAGGUGCCAACUUGGGCGGCAUUCACUUUGCGAUGGAAUUCCUGACGCGCAACCAGAAGCGGCUCCUCGCGACGAAAGAAGGCACGCUGAAGAGCAAGUGGCACAAGGACUACAUCAGCGCGGAAGGCAAGCACGUUGUCGUGAUUGGCGGCGGCGACACGGGCACCGACUGCAUUGCAACGUCACUGCGCCAGCAGUGCAAGAGCAUCACGAACCUCGAGCACAACCCCAAGCCGCCGGCGACGCGGGCAGCCUCGAACCCGUGGCCGCAGUACCCGCGGGUGUACCACGCCGACUACGGCCACGAAGAAGCCGAGGAGGUGUUUGGGACGGACCCGCGCGCCUACAGCCGGACGACGCUGCGCUUCCGCGGCAACGCGUCCGGUCGAGUGACGCACGUGGUGACGGCUAUGGCGACGCGCAAUGCGGCGGGCGGCUUUGACACGGUGCCAGGGACCGAAGAGGAGCUGCCGUGCGACUUGGCGAUCCUCGCCAUGGGCUUUCUGCACCCGGACCAGGCGCUGCCGUCGACGCUGGACCUCGCGAUUGAUGGCCGCAAGAACAUUGCCACCGACGGCCACUAUGCCACGUCGAUGCCAGGUGUGUUCGCGGCUGGCGACUGCCGCCGAGGCCAGUCCCUCGUCGUCUGGGCGAUCCACGAAGGCCGGCAGGUUGCGGACGCGGUGCAGCAGUACUUUAACAAGCUGGAGCUCCUCGCGCACCAGCACGACGCGCAGCAGGAGCAGCGCAUGUAG